GCGUACUACUUCAUGAAUAAUUUUUUUAGAAUCAGAAGGAGGCAGUGGAUUUGUUCAGGAGGGUUGCACCAUGUCAGACCGUGAGAGUGGAGACGAGCAGCAACAGCCGCAGGCUCAAGAGGCAUCUGAUCCAGGUGAGUCUGCUCUCGGUGGAGCUGCGGAGCAGGAGUUGGCCACUCGGACUCUUCACAUUCAGUCCAAGCGAUUCUAUCUGGAUGUGAAGCAGAACAGGCGAGGCCGCUUUAUCAAAGUGGCAGAAGUGGGAGCAGGAGGGAAGAAGAGUCGCCUCCUUCUGGCCAUGUCGUCGGCCGCGGAGUUCCGGGACUUCCUGUCUGAUUUCUCCGAGCACUACUCGAGGCUAGGUGAGCACAGUCCCACUAACUCAGAGACUCCACCAGAGGACGGGAAAUUGAAGAGUGAGAUCAUCGUCAAAGACAACAGACGUUACUACCUGGACCUGAAGGAGAAUCAGAGGGGCCGCUUUCUGCGAGUUUCUGAACAGGUGUCGCAGACCAUCCCCCGCGGCGGACCUCGCUCACAGAUUGCCAUCCCGGCACAGGGCAUGAUCGAGUUCCGUGAUGCUCUCACUGAACUGCUGGAGGAAUUUGGCACAGACGACCAAGAGCCACAGAACGAGCUGCCCGAGAGCCGUUCCAUGCGAGUGGAAAACAAAAUGUUUUACUUUGACGUGGGCUCCAACCGCAGGGGUGUCUACCUGCGCGUCUCGGAGGUGAGUGUGAGGAACAACUUCCGCACGGCCAUCACCAUUCCAGAGCGCUCGUGGGGUCGGUUCCGGGACAUCAUCUCCGAGUUUGUUGACAAGGCGAGUACAAAGCCUGAGGGAGAGUAGGCGGGCCACCCGUGUGUCGCCUGUGAUAUAUCUCACUCCCAGCAGUUUUAGCGAUGUUGUGCAGAGGAAAUGUGCUUCUUUGCCAGACUGGCAGACGAGCGGGGAGGCCUUCUGGUGGUCGUGGGAGCACGCGAGAGAAAGAGAGCGAUUGUUAUGGAUGUGUUGUGUCCUGCGUGAACGGAGCAGACCAAGAUGGAAUAAUGAUGAUCUUGAUGAUGAUAAUAAUAAUGAUGAUGAUGAUGAAAGCUUAAAUGUUUUUGCGGGUACUUUGGGUGGAGGAGGGCAAGGGGGUAUUGCCUAUUGUCUGUGUGAGUUUUGAGUGGCGUGUGCAUCUAUGGCACACACCCAGAUGGGGGAAUCAUAGCUGUUUAUGGAAAUGACGUUUUGUUUUUCCUCAAUUUUUUUUUGUUAUGUUCUUCGUAUGUGGGCAUAUGAGUGAUGUAUUUUACCACCCUGGAAUCACAAGAUGAAUUUGAAUUUGCUUGCCCUAAGGCAGAUUGAAUUUUAUUUGGAAGCUUGACAGAAAGAAAGGGUAGCUUUGUCUUCAGCCCGUCCCUGUGAAAAAAUUGCCUCUACGUGCACAAUCUGUUGUAGCAUGAGGUCUUGAGCAUGGCAGGCAGAACUCUGUGCUGAUUUCUCUCUCUCUCCCCCCUACUCUACCCUACCCUUGAGGCUGGGCUGUAAAGAGAGAGAGGGGGGAGCCAGGCCGUGGCUCCUGGCCAUCGCCUUCAGACUUCCUGUUGGGCAGCCAGCCAGCCGGGGCCGACGCUAUGCACUAAUGAGAAACCCUGUGCCAUGACUGUUGCGAGGGGUUGAGAACCCAUCUUCCCCCCCUCCUCCCCCAUUACAGACCUGAAUGUAGGUCUAGUGCAUCUGCUCAGUGAGUGAGUACACUCACACUCCCAGGUGUGCGUGUUAGACUUCAUUGGUGCUAAUCAUUUUUAUACCAAGCAUUUUUUAAAUCAAUCAACCACACGUUUGUGUGGGAGGCACUGGCAGAGGGUUGUUGCCCUCUGGCUUAGAAAAAAAUCAAAAAUGAGAAACAGCGAGCUGACAAUGUGUAGCGUUUAAUAGUCAAAGAGAGCUAGUGGUAAAAUUUAAUAGUCGUCUGUAAAAACGAAAUAUUUUAUUGUAGGUAGGAAGGCUUGACUAACAGUGCCUUGCAGCAAGAGAUAUAACACCAUGCUGCUUGGUUUCCUAGAAGUGAGAAAGAAUCUUUUCGAAAAACAUGAGCACAUGUAGCCCGUAUUUUAUUAAUGGCGGACGUCCAUGUUGCAGCGCCCUGGACAUUUUGGCAAAUACUCAGAAGACCCCCGUUAUCAGGCAAUCAAGCUAGUUUUUUAAAACUUCACUAACACAAUAUGUGCUGUGGAGGCACAUCUUUUUUGCCUUUGUUUGUCCUAUUUGUGUGUGCGUAUGUAUAUUUGUGUGUGUGGCUUGUGUUGGCUGUAGUGUGCACAAGAUGUUUGAAUUACUGUUGUGUCCCAGGUGUGUUGGUGUCAGCCUGACAGACGUCUCGGGCGCUGCUGCUCUUGUCAGCACCACUGGCUGAGGUUCUGGUGGUUGAUGUGACACUUGUUUUUUCGUACUAUGUGUUAACCUUAAGAUUUUGCGAGGAUAUUGUUUCUGAACAUUCAAAAGUUUGCUAGGAUAUUGUUUCUAAAUUUUAGUGGGUUUUUGUUUUACAUUUUGAAUUUUAAAAAACUUACGUUGGUUUUGAUGUAGAUCUUGGGUUUUCUUUUGGGCAGCCUGGGUGUGGAACCCUCUGUUCUUCUCUUCCUGACAUGCUGGUGAAGACAGGACUACUCCCUGGUUGGGUGAAAAGAAAAAAUGAGCCAUGUUGUUCUUUUUCGAUUGUUCGAAGUGAAAGAACCAUAGAGGUACUUUUGAGUAAGGAAAAUCAAAAAGAAAAAAAAAAGUGUGUCACUUUUCUGAGAGUUGAUUCUUUGUUUUUAGUGGAUAUUUUAUGGAAAGGGCUCGCGUGAGUUGCGUACCCAUGCCCUUAGAGCAAAAGGCUGGGAAUUAUUUCUAAGGAAUAAAUAAUAUGAGAUUAUUGAAGGUAUUGUGAUAAUAUCUUUUAUUUCUUGUGUGAGUUUUUGUGCUCAGUUUGUCUCUUUCACUGUUUUCACAUGUUACCAAUGUGUAGUGUAUUAGUUCAAACAGAAACUGCCAGUUAUUGUCCUUGUUUACUUCAUUGAAUUGAAUAAACACAGUAAGAAACUAGAAGUUGUAACUUGUAUUCACUGGAAGUAUUCCUUUUUUUAUACAUAUAGUGUGAUCAACCUCAUAGUGUGUAAAUUAAUUAUUAUGGAGUUUGGAUGUAAAUGUUUGAAAAGUGAGAAUACACUUGACAGAAGCAAUGUUCCUUGUUGUUGCUUUGAAUUGUUGCCAUUGUAUUUUCUUCUUGUGUGUGUUUGCUCUGUGGAGAGAAUGGUGUGUUUCAUGAUUUCAUGGUUUUACAUUAUUCUGUAUUGUGGUAAUUUUGUUCCCUAGGAGAAAGAUGUAGGUGGUCGCUCAUAUGUAGACCUGCCCACUAACUCUCUGUGUUUGGGAAUUGCAGGCUCUUGUUCAUCAUCAACAUCAUUUGGGUCCUUUUUAUGUCCUCUGUAGAGUUUUGUGUAGAGAUACGUGUUUUUAAGGGGCCUUUUUUUCUUCUUGUAAGUGGAUUAGGAUUUGAACAGAACUGACAAUUUGGUAAUUUUGAUGGGUUUUGGCUCUAAAAUGUUUGACAAGGACUAGAAUGUAGUUUGAAGAUGGGUGACUGUCAAGAGAUUUGAGAAACAUAGAGGGGAUUUCAGUGGGUUGUACUCUGUAAUGUCUUUUCGGUUGUUCUAUUUUUGCAUUGUAAAAGAUUCACCAUGUCGGAGGUGACUUCCAAUACUAAUGAAUUCUGCUAUUUCUGCUCGCCAAAGGGGGCUCAUUGUGCGUUCGUACGUCUUUUGUAUGGCAGUUGAUGCAGAGAGAGAGAGAGGGAGAUAGGGGGAAAAAAUCUUGCUGCGUGUUGAUUUGACUGACAUGGAAUUGGGUCAGGUUUAGCAAAUCGUGCAAGUUCUGUCAUCAGCUCAGGGAUGGGCAUUCCACUGAUUUUAACGGUAUGUUUCGUGUUAGAUGUCCCGUGUUUCUAUAGCUGCCUGUUGAUGAAGGUGAUUGGAACUGUGUUGUUGUAUAAUUUCAUACAAAUCAAAGGAGUAGAGUUCCCUUCUUGAAGCAGUGGCUGGGGAAUUGUCGGAGAAUUUUGCCCGUCCCUGAUGCUGCUUCCCCUGUUGUUUCUGCUGUAAGGGAGGUAACGAGCGAGUAAAGAGUUGUUGUCGUCGUCGUCUGGGGGAUUGUGUGAGCUGCGUAUGGAUUGUCGUGUCCUUGACCUUGGAGCCUGGCUCUAUGUGAAGCACAUUUUCCCUGCGUGUCAACGUCGCGUGUAACGGCGGACGACAAAAAAAACAAAACAAAUGUUCUGAUUAUUGUCUGUACAGGAACUGGUUGGUGUGUAUUAUUCUCUGUAGUGUAAUGGUUUCGCGGCCAAGCUCCGCGGCUUGUUGGGUUAGGGCUGUGGACUUUGGGGCCAUGGGUGCGAACCCUGCCAGUGUGUCACCUGGAUUUUGUAUUGUCCUGUAACUUUUCUUCACGGAAGAGUUGUUGUAAAGGUUGGAACCAUCAGUUAUGAUUUUUGGCCAUAAACACUUGUAUUUGGGUAACCUUGCAGAAAUAUCGAAGGCUUUGACAGAGAACUAGGAGUUUGUUUCGAUAAAUAGAUUGCCCUGUGAGUUCAAGAUUGUUGUGUGUCUAACCAAGGGAUAGGAAUUUUCAUCAAGCAUAAAUUUCAGGUAAAUGUGUAUUUGGGAAUUCAAACAACUGUCAAAAUUAAUAAAUGGCAGAAACAGAUGUUGAAGUGAAGACGGUUUCUGAUACGACUUCUACUUGUGAAACAUAAGUAAAAUUAACAUUUUUGGACCUAUAGACUACAUAAUGAUAAUAAUGACUUCAGAAAUUGGUUUAGGUUGGGAUUGCCUCUUGAUCUGAUCUAUUUCAUAGUAGUAUGAGUAUGAUUAUUUUUUUUUGGUAAUUGGGGAAGUUUGUUUUAUGUUUUGAGAUGUAGGCUACAACUCGUUAGCUCUUCCUGAUUAAGAAAAUAACGUAUGACAAGGCUGUGUUUAUUGGAGAGAGUGGGUUUAGAUUGGAAGAUCUGUCACUCUGGCAUCCUUUCCUCACUCGCGAAAAAAUGAUUCAUUUAUUAACCAACAACUGAAAAAGUAUUAAAAAUACUCUUUGCCCACAAAUGAUGAAACGAACAGCCAUUGAUAAAGCAUGGGAUAGGACUCUUUCACUGCCCACGAGUCGCGUGUUCUGCCCUCUGAUAUUGUCUGUUGUAUGUAGUGGCAAGGGGCGUGUGUUUGCGCCGGGACUCGUCCUGUGUUCUGCACUUCCUGUACUACUGUAACCUCCUCCUUCGGUGUCCGUCUGGUGCCCUGUGUCCAUGGAACUGCUCAUACCGGGGAGUGGGGUCGACCCUCCCCCCGUAUCGCAAAUGGUUUUGUUGUUGUUGUUGUCAUUUUCAUUCUUCUCAGAAACCAUUGAGUGAAAUAGGCCGUUUGUUGGGGGAAUUAAUGAAUUAUUAUCGAAGAAUUUGUGUAUUUAAUUUUUUUCAUUUUGUCACUUCUGUGAAAUUGUUGUUACACGAAUUUAAUCUUGUUUCCUUUGACUUUCUUUUUGGUCUCAAUCGACAGUGCAGUCUUUGUGAUCUGUUCCUCAGACUUGUAGAAGUUGUCUCACACUAUCUAUUUUUCUCUCCCAUAUCAUGCUUUCUUGCCAAGUCUCUCUCUCUCUCUUUCUCUCUCUCUCUCUGUCUCUCUCUGUCUCUCUCUCUCUGUCUCUCUCUCUCUCUCUCUCUCUCUCUCUUCACUCACACAAAGCUUCCCCUCUCUUCCCUUUCACACAUUCACGCUCGCGCGCACAGACAAACAUACGCACACGCACGCGCGCAGACACACACACACUCAUAUAUGCAUGCGCACGCAUGCACGCACACACACACACACACCACAUCCACACAAAUGUCUGUUUCUCCCCCUAUCAUCACCACAAAGCAGCAAGUCACACGUCCUGUUAAGUUUGAUUUUGUACCAGAAACCUCAGCCUGGUACUUUUGUUAGGAAAUGUUUGAAGUAGAGAACCAGACGACCGUCCGCAGUCGGGAUGACCAGGAGGGUCAAGGUCAGCUACACCACCUUGACUUUUUACUGUGAUUCGUGAUGCUUCUGCUCUUACAUGUCAUGUACAUUUUCCAGUUUUUGCGUUUUUUGAGGUGAGGUUCAUAGGGAAGAAAGAUAGGUCGGCAGUGGAGUGGAGUGGAGUAAAAAAAGGAAGGAUGUGUGAGAAGAAGGACGACAGUCUUGUAUGUCGUUGCUGUCGCAAGAAGAGUGCUGCUCAGUUUGACUCUGCUUUGCUGAGGAAAUAGAAAACUGAAGUUACUUUUUUGUUUUUUAAUGGCGAUGAAGAACUGCCUUUUGGAAAGGGAGGUCGCAGGUUGAAGUGGGAAAUUUGGGUGAGGGAAGUAAGAAAGCAUAUGGGAAGAAAAAAAAAAAAGGUCUACGAGGGUGAGAGAAGAGUUUGACUUUUCUUGAACAUCUUUGUUAAUCUUUUUCAUGGUGCAAGAAGGAACCCUGGUUUAUUUUGCAUUCAUGAGGGAGGGGAUUCCUGUGGGCUUUUUUUUUCUGACGCUUGUUCAAUCUGAACAUGAUAGGGGCCACCUUGGAAAUUUAAGUAAAACCCCUGAAACAAAGAGCCUGAGUUUCAAUAAAUUUUCUUUUUCUCAUUUAGGGUUCACAGAAGACUCAUUAUGUUCGUCACUCUUAAAAAAUGAGAACCGAUUAAGGUUCUACUCUUAGGUAGAACCUACUCUUAGGUAGCAGGCCAUGAGGCGAGAACAUACAUUUCAACUCUGCAAAGAUUUUCUCAAACAUUUGCCAAACAUUGUCCAGUCAUUUUUUCUACCAGGAUUUUGCUCCUUCUCUUGUCAUAGUUUUGUGCACUGUACAAAGUAUUUCUGUGUUUUUUGGAGGUGAAGGGAGUGUUUUAUUUUUGUAUCACAAUGGAACAAAUUCUACACUGUUCUUAGAAUGCUUUCAACUCAUAACGAUUUAUUGAUCAUCGCUGUAGUUUGAGUUUUAGGUUUGAUGUGAAUCAUUUUUAUUUUCCUUGUUUCUUUUAAACUGAGGUAUAUAUGAGAAAGUAUUUUCGUGGUGUGGAGUGGACGGGAGGGGCUGAGGGGUCGACUUUGUCCCUUGAUCCUCUCUGCACUGCGCUGCAGCUAGUGUGUGUGCGCGGCAGUGUGUCUGUGUGUUUGUGUGUGACAGUGUGUGUUUAUGAACAUGCUGGUGGUCCUGUGCCAUUGUCACCACAGUUGGAAACCUCUUUCUCAUAUGACACCUUUUUUUUUCUGUUUUAAACAUUUUUUAAAACUACGGUACAAUUUUGACGAAGGGAUUUGGGGGGUGGAAAUGUUGUGUCCAGUAUAAUGGGUGUUUGCCAUUGUUAUAAAAAUAAGCUUUUCUCCUAAGUUAAGUUUGUCGCUUUUGCUCUUUGAGUUUUUCUUUUAUUGUGAGAUCUCAGACUGAACGAGAUGGAAGAAAUAAACUGAAGUUAUCUAAGAAAAUUAAUGCAGAGCAAGAAGUCAGUUUGAAAACAUAUUUUUUGUGGGCUGCAAUGUUCUUUUAGAAGUAAAAUUUGUAGAAAGUUUUUCCUCGGUACAUUUAAUUAAGAAACCCAAAAAACCUACCCUCCCUGCUCCAUAUAAUUUGCACCAUUUGUCAGAGGUUUUGAAUUUAUUUUACAGCCAGUUAGGCCUAUUGCUCAGAUUCAUUUGGGGAGUAGGGAGUGAUGGAUGUUAGUUUUAUGGAACAAAUUAUAAACCUGCCACAUGUACCACUACUGUUCUCCACUAGUUGGCAGAUCUAUCUGCACAUAAAGGGGUUGCCAGUCUGGUUGGUGUAUUGCCUGCCAUGAGGCAGCCAUGUGGAAAGUGUUUGCGACAUAAACCCGUCCUCAAGCAUCAAUGCGUGGUGUUGUUGUUGGCAGGUAGAGACUUGUGUCUCGUAGCUGGAGCAACGUUCGGCCGUUCAUGUCAUCAAGUUGUUUGGAGAGGCUGCCUGUACAUUUUGCCGCUUUAUUUUUCUGUUUGGAUUGUAUGGAUAAAAGUGUUGUUGUGUUGCUCGUUUUUUUUAAAAACAUAAUUUUGUUUUGUUUGAUAAUGCCUAGUUUUGCUGUUGUUGAUGAGGGUCGUCGUCAAUGCUGAUGAUGGCUGUAUUGAUUUCUCAUGUGCUGAUUCCUACUAGCAUGGUAUUAAAAGUAGAGAGAUUUAUACUAACGUGUGACUUGGCGGGUGUGCGGAGGGUGACAUGCUCUGUGUGUAUCCUCACAGCAGCUGCAGGGUGCCUCUCGUCAUACCGACUGUCGGUCGCACCGUUAUUUCUCUCUUAUUAACAGUAACAAACAUCUCUCACAUUUUUUUCCCCCUUCCCUCUCAUUUUGAAAAUGAAAGUUUCAAUCAACACAUACAUUGCGCAACCAUUAAAAGUCUAUACUGUUACAACAUA